CACGUCGUCGGGCACGUCGUCGGGCACGUCGUCGGGCACGUCGUCGGGCACGUCGUCGGGCACGUCGUCGGGCACGUCGUCGGGCACGUCGAACGAGUCCACAGCUGCUGUGGAAAAGGUUCCGGAACCCGUGCUGCUGCCUACGAGCAAGUUGCCUGACCUGCCGGCCGUGCCUGAAGAGAAGGGCAACCCGACGAGCCUGUUGGAUCUCAGCCUGCCUACUACUGAGGCGAAGGUUCAGCCCUUUGCGUCUCUCGAUAGCUCGUUGGCUGCUAUCUCACCUGUCCCCUCUGCCGCUUUGACUACAGCUAUGUUGAGGAAGCCUCUGCUCAUUCAACGUGCUGCCCACGGAGAGGUUGGUAACGGUUUUUUGAUUACUGAUGCGCGUUCUGGGAGGCCGCAGGAGAACAUUACGUCUCAGCUCCAGGCCCCAGUCAUGCCCAUUACGUCAAGGAUCUCUAAUAGCCAGCCUCGUCUUCAGACGCAGAUUUCAAUUUUUCAAAAACCUGUCCGGAGGCAGCCCUUACCGCUUGGGCGGCUCAACUUCAUGUCUUCGUUAGAUCUCGGCCUGCCCACUACAGAGGCGAAGGUCGGAGUUUCUGCGUCCUUGGCUAGUAUGACAGCGUCGCACCCUUCUGCCUCUGCCUUUGCCUCUUGGGUGCCACCAGCCGUGCCUGCACCGCCAAGCAAGUUGCCUGACCUGUCGGCCGUGUCUGGGAAGAAGGGCAACCCGACGAGCCAGUUGGAUCUCGGCCUGCCCACUACAGAGGCGAAGGUCGGAGUUUCUGCGUCCUUGGCUAGCAUGACAGCGUCGCACCCUUCUGCCUCUGCCUUUGCCUCUUGGGUGCCACCAGCCGUGCCUGCACCGCCAAGCAAGUUGCCUGACCUGUCGGCCGUGUCUGGGAAGAAGGGCAACCCGGCGAGCCAGUUGGAUCUCGGCCUGCCCACUACAGAGGCGAAGGUGCCGCUGCCCGGUGUAAAGCAGGAGAACCUUGUGACAGCGGAAAUUGGCUGUCAAACUUUGCCUUUCUCUUGCCUGGCUUGUGGGCACGUGGUAGACUAUAUUUCAAAGAAAUAUAAGGAACUAGACAUUCAGCGACUAGCCGCUGCCAUGACUAAGCCCCAGUGGGAUUUUAUAUCCAAGAAGUCAAAUGAUGACUUGAUUAGAAAGUUGCUAACUGGGAAUUUUGAGUUUGAGUCUGUGUAUAUUACUCCCUCUAUGGAGGUCGUUCCACCAAGCACGGAGCUUCGUGGAGCACUGCAAAAAAAGGGCUCCUGGCCUUUUUAUUUUGCUAAGGGCAUGCGUCCUUUAGAUAAGAAGACACUGUCACAUCUCAGGGGACUAAUGACCUCUCAUAAUAGCUUCACCGUCCUCUUUUAUUUGCUUACCUAUGUUGGAGUGAUUAUGUAUCCGGAAGGCUGCUACAUUACGUUUACUGAUGAGGUUUACUCAAAGUUGGGUAAACUGUUUCCACUACCAGAGAGUUACACUGGUUCCGUUCAGACGACCACAGGGCCAAAGACAUUUAUUUGUCCUCUCUGUGAGAAGGUUGUUAUGGGAAGAAAUGCGAAGCAGCACCUUGUAACUCUAAUGUGCAACAAGAGCUCCCCCAUCGAUGCGGAACAGCGACGGAACCUAGCUCAUGCCAUCACGGCUCAAAAUCUGUUUUUGAUAAAAAAUGAGCACUUAGACAGACUCAAUGCGCAUUUAAAGAAGCAAGAUCGCACCUUCCUAAGAGGACUGCUAAUGUUAUUAGGGGGGCAAAUUUUAGACAAGGAAUUUAAACCAAUGCACCUUAAUGACUGCGUGUAAUAAUGAAAUUAUGCAAAUAAUUAUGCAAUAAAGAAGAAAAAUAAUGUGUUUGUGUUUAAAACGCUGGUUUCUGUCAACCUUUUUCCUACAAAUAAAUUUAAAAACAAAAAACAAAGCGUCAUUAAGACAAAACCGAGCCUCAUUAAUUGCAAGCCCCGAUUGUGCACAAAAAACUAUGCAUUCCAAAUGCCGGCAUACUUUUUUAAGAUCUAAAGGAAAGGUUCGCGCACUGUUAAAAAAAAAACUUGGUUAAAUCACAAAAUACUUGAGUGACAAAAUUGAAGUUAAACCGAAUCCCAUAUAAGUUUGUUCGGAUCAGGCAGCUGGGCGCGCGCCCUGCCGGUGGAGCUGUCUUUGACCGGAAAAUUCCGAACUUACACAGGAUUGCAAACCCACUCGAACCCUUGAUGGUUGCGUUGUGUGGGCCGCGACAAGAAGUUCAGAAUCCCAUACAAGUUUGUUCGGAUCGGGCAGCUGGGCGCGCGCCCUGCCGGUGGAGCUGUCUUUGACCGGAAAAUGCCUUAGUUACGGUGGAUUGCGCUCUCAAUUCAACCCUCGACCAGGCUAGGGCCAGGAUUGCGCCAGGGCUGCGACAAGCUGUUUGAAAUGUCGCGUAACUGUGUUCGGAUUGCAAGGCUUGGGCUGCGUCCCGUCAGUGGUGUCGUCUUUGACCGGAAAAUUCCGAACUUACACAGGAUUGCAAACCCACUCGAACCCUUGAUGGUUGCGUUGUGUGGGCCGCGACAAGAAGUUCAGAAUCCCAUAUAAGUUUGUUCGGAUCAGGCAGCUGGGCGCGCGCCCUGCCGGUGGAGCUGUCUUUGACCGGAAAAUUCCGAACUUACACAGGAUUGCAAACCCACUCGAACCCUUGAUGGUUGCGUUGUGUGGGCCGCGACAAGAAGUUCAGAAUCCCAUAUAAGUUUGUUCGGAUCAGGCAGCUGGGCGCGCGCCCUGCCGGUGGAGCUGUCUUUGACCGGAAAAUUCCGAACUUACACAGGAUUGCAAACCCACUCGAACCCUUGAUGGUUGCGUUGUGUGGGCCGCGACAAGAAGUUCAGAAUCCCAUAUAAGUUUGUUCGGAUCAGGCAGCUGGGCGCGCGCCCUGCCGGUGGAGCUGUCUUUGACCGGAAAAUGUCUUAGUUACGGUGGAUUGCGCUCUCAUUUCAACCCUCGACCGGGCUAGGGCCAGGAUUGCGCCAGGGCUCCGACAAGCUGUUUGAAAUGUCGCGUAACU